GAAAGUAAAGAAAUGUGUUGUCAACAUGGGAGUGGGAGGGAGGUCGACACAAUUAUUUGCCCACAUAAACCGUCAAUAUGGACAUUAUUUUCUGCUAGAUGAUAAUAUUAUGCAGUAGACAAGGAUAUUCAGCAUGGCAACUAGACUGGUUGAGAUCGUGAGUCAAUUCCUUCACUUGCCAUCACACUACUGCUGCCAGGGGCCUCUGCCCGAUUUAGUGGAAUCUUUUGUGUAUUCUCCAUGGAUAAGGGCAAUAGUUAGAGAUGGAACAUUUUAUAUGCCUUCUCUACAUGACACCCUUAGUGAAACUGAGAUUCAUUCAGCCUUGCAACUUGGAGAGAGAAUAGGUGACAUGUGGCAGAGAGUGUUCAUUCAGGUAAUUCCCAAAAAUGAUGUCCAAGUGUAUCCAUUAGCCAGAAAUUCUGGACAUUCUCCUGGACUAAUGGCAGAUGUGUCAUUCUCACAGCUGCUUCAUUAUGUAGCAACUUCUAAUAGCAAGAAUUUAUGGAAAGAUGCCUAUAAGAAGUACUCUGAACAUGGUAUAGCAGUACAGUCAAAAGGAGGAACACAGGUUGGAACAGAGAGAUUGAACAGCAUUUUGAGGGAAGUCCUAUGGAGACUGUAUGGCUGCAAAGUUAUUCCUAUACGAGGAGGUUCUCCUGUGCAUAGUGGCACACAAGGUAAUCGUGUUCCUAGUUCUCACACAAACAUACUACCCGCCAUCUGUGCUUUGGAAGCAGAGCAAUAUGUAUUUGUUAUUUUGACAAGUGUUUAUCAUAAUGUUCAGCAGUGUGUCUCAUUUAGCCCUGCCAAGUUAAGUGAAUGUGAAGCACGGCCACUGUUUAUACUAUACCAGAUUUUGGAAGCAGCCAGAGACACACAUGACAGAGGACUUCACCUCGGAGACUUCACCUUAAGUCAUCUUUUCAUUGAUGACUCUCUCUACCUCAGCUUACUGCCAAGCAUUCCUGAUAACUUGAUUCAGCCUGAGUCCCCCCACUCCCUACACACACCCAGAGAGAAAGCAGAGAAGGAAGCUAUAGAGGAGACUGACUGGGAGAAAAGUAACUUGUUAACUGGUGUGUCAUUGAUGGACACAGCAUAUGGUUUAGAAAGCUCUGAGUUUGAGCGCAUUUCAGAAUGUCAAGAUUUGGACUCGGAAAAUAAUUAUGCCACUCAGUGCCAACAAGCUAACACAGUGUUAUUUGCCAGUCCAUUAACUAUGGCAAAAUUACUUAGUAGUGAUAAUACCCCGAUGAAUAACGAUGCUAAUGUGGAAACUAAAAGGCAAAUUGUUAAUCAGUUAGAUAGAAGGUUGCCUUCCUAUCAGAAACUGCUGUCUAGCGAAGAGGCCUUUGAUAUCUUAAAGCAGAUGGAGAGCAACAGUACUCAAGAUGCAGAACUGGAAGUACUGCUUCAGUGUUCAUUGGUACAACUAACACAACUUUGGGUUGGACACCAGAUAACAACUCUUGAUUACCUACUAUGCCUUAAUUAUUUUGCGGGUCGAAAAUUCUACUCGCCCCACCAUCACCCUACUGUACCUUGGGUAGUGGACUUCUCCAGUAGAAAUGGUGGAUGGCGAGAUCUAACCAAAACUAAAUUUCGCCUAAAUAAAGGUGACCAACAAUUGGACCACACAUACCAGAUGGCAGUUAGUCAUGGAGAAAAUAAACAAGCAGUUGCACAUCAUGUAACAGAAGUAUUCAGCGAGAUUACCUACUAUGUAUACAAAGCCCGUGUAACCCCAAAAAAACUUCUGACUAAGUAUGUACGUCAGCAGUGGGUACCAGAACAUUACCCGUUGUCUGGUGGAGCAUCAGUGAAGGCUAAAAAUGUAUGCCUACAACUGGUGGAUGCUCAUACUGCUCUGACUACUGGAGGAGUUGUUCAGUUGUUCACCACACCCCACCCUCCAAGAUUAAUGCCAUCCCCUUACCUUGGCAGGUCACCGCCCAAGUUCAGUAUUGCUGCUCAUCAUGAAACAAAGUAUGAAAAAUGUGACGAGACAAGUGAGGUGGACUCAGCACCAGAACGUCAGGAUGAGGAAGUGGAAAGUAUUAAAUCUUUAGCACUCUCCAAAAAAUUAAGCCGCUCAAGAACUUCUCUGUUUGAGGAAAAACAAGUAGAAUUACCAAGUAUACAGUUACCUCAUGAAUAUAAUCCACUUGUAGCCCUUAAUCAAGUGGAAAUGUUAUUUAAUUUGGUUAUAAAAGCUUCAAGAAGAAUUCCAGAGCAAUCUAUUAAAUGUAGAGACAUUCAACAAGCUGUAAAGCAGGCAGCCCACUUAAGACGUGUCCGAGAUAUACAGGCUAUAGGCUGCAUAAUUGUGGAAAUGUUCUCGCCUUCUAAAUGCCGGAUUCUGAGUAAUAAGGCUUCUCUCAAAGAGAGAUAUGCUCAUGCUCGUAAACUUCUCACACAUGACCAGACUGACAUUCCACGAUGCAUUCGCCAUACAUUACAAGUAAUUUUUCAAAUUAUGAACUGGAGGGAUGCUAAAGACAACUCUCUUCCAAAUAAAUAUGAGCCAGUGUCAUCAGAUGGUUUACCUCCUCCAAGUCCUCAUCAGUUACUUCAACCAUUAAUUAAUGUGAUUGUCUUUCCAUCGUACUUUCCAAAAUUGUAUAGAUUUGUAUGCAAGAUGAGACAGUAUUCUCAACUUUUGACUGAAGCUCACAUGUUGCUAGGUGAACCCCAGAAAAGAAAAGAAUAUAUUCUUAAAGUGGCAGAGAUCCGGGUCAAGGUGGCUGCUAAAGAUUUGCCAAAUUUAUUACCGAGCCUAUCGGCAGAGGGAUUAGACCUAGUUUUACCCUACUUGAUUGAACUUUUUGAAUAUCCAGAAAGUGCUGUUAAUGCUGCCUGGUAUCUGACUAGUGUCACUGCCCAAGCCCUUGGGCCUGAGGAGGCAAAUAAACACCUACUGCCUCCUGUGGUGAAACUCUUUGAAGCCGAUAUUGUGACAGACAAGCAUCUCAAGCUUUUUCAUCGUUCCUUUCUCCUGCAGUUGAUAGUCUGGCAUGGUCUUCAGAAGUUUCUGACCUUUUUUGUAACACCUCUGAUUGAAGGUGUUGGGGGAUAUAAAGAAGUACUUGGAAAAUCACAACAGUCUACGGAUAUUGUGAGAAAACAGUCCACAACUCUGAAGAGUGUGGACAUAAGUCUGGGUGCUGAAGGUUUAACUUCACCAUGCGAGGAAGAUUCUCACUCCAGCACAACAGAACUUACCCUGAGGAUGGACUCUGAAACAGCUGGAUCAGCUCGCAUAGAGGCUGAUCUCACAGACGCUGAGGCAGAGACUGAGCCAGAGGUGUUUGUGUUUGAAGGUGGUGAGGAUGAAGCAGAUGUCAGUUUCCCCAACACUCCUUUACAAGAUGCUUGUGAUCAGCUGAGAUCACCUGUGGCUUCUGAGACUUUAAGUCUGGAUGAAGUGUCACUGCAGGAAGGAAUAGGCUCUAUUCCCUCUCUGUGUCCAUCUCCACACUCACCUUCCAUGAGUGGUGAUGAGGAGUCAGUGAGUGAGCCAGACACUCCCACUCCUCUUGCUGCUGCUUAUGCUGCUUCAUCAGGAUCUGCCACAACCAACAUUAAUAUUCCAAAAUGUGGUUCAAUUGGUGUUUCUGUGAUCAAAUCUGCUGGGGAAUAUUCUACUUCACUUCCCGACUUCCGCUUAGAUAAAGAUAGAUUUAUCACCAGUAUUGACAUUGGUGAAAAUAACAAAGAUUCUUUAAAAACUUCUUUUAGAGGUGCAGAAAAUCAGGAUUCAAAACAUAAGUUAGAUUUUGAUCAUAACAUGUCAGAUGUUUGUUGUGAGAGUGUACUUUGGCUAGCAGGAAGGUUAGGUCCAGUUCUCACUUCCCGCUAUGUAACAAGGAAUCUUUUAAGAAUGCUCACACUGUGUUAUCUGCCAGACUCAGGUGCUCUAGCCCCAAUACCCAUGGAUCCAUUAGAUGAGCUCUCUGUAACAAGAAAGCGCAUUCUUGGUGAUCAUUAUGCAAAAAAAGUACUCCAUUGUCUUUCAGAAAUUGCUUGCUUGUAUGGUGAACAAGUUAUUUUACUUCAAUACUUGUGUCACAUCUGUGAGUUGGUGGCUUCUUGUCGACGCAAAUUGUCAGCAACUAUGGAAGGAGGUCUUUUGGGUGCCAUGGCUCUCUUACAACAUCUUUUGCCGUACCUUACUGACAGUACGUUCAUGGAGCACUUGCAGGAAACUCUAAUUCGUAAUGCAGUUUACCCUGUAAUUCGUCUCUUAUCAUCAACCAAAGUCAAUUUUCCGCAUGGUGGAGCAGCCCGGGGUGUUCUAGCUUGUAGAGUUAUUGACUGCCUCUUUAUUAUGGCAUUGAGAGUGGGACGUGAGAUGAGCAAAAGCAUUUUGAUGCCCACUAUUACCAGACUCAUGACGGCAUUUGAUAAAUGCCACACCAACUCUUCAAGUCAGCUCAGAGCAUCACCAAGAUCACUUGAGGCAGAAGAAGUGUUAGGUGCGAGUUAUGAGCCUUCUUUAUCUGAUGACCUCCAAGCAUCUCCUGGAUCUAAUAUUGACUCUGUCAAAGCUAAGGCUUUAGAGGAACUGAAGCAGGUGCUGACUCCUGAACUAGCCUACCUCUCAUAUGUUCCACUGUGCAGGUUCUUGGGAGCAUCAUACAUGGAGGCAACACUGCCCAAUCAUGACCUGUUAAGAUCUCUCUGUCUUCAGUAUGAUGAGAACAACCAAGCCAAUCAGGCUGCAGUAUUGACAGAUGAUGGCUUGGCAUUAAGCAACUCUACGAGCUUAGCAGAUGAUACAAAUGGAAGGAAAAACAGCACACGCAGCACCAAUGUAGCCAUGACGGGAAACAGGAUUGACAUUAGGGAUGCAGCAAAUGGAUUCUCCAACCCACAUUCAGAUUUCCCUCCUUCCAUUGGAUUUGCCACCACAGUUGACAUAACAAAGUACACUGGCAGCAGGAUGGACAACACUCAAAGACAUUUACGAGGAAACUGGCUAGCUUAUUGGGAACAUGAGAUAGGGAGGAGUGAACAAGAUGCCAGAUUCAACUUUAAACAAAUUAAACUACAGACGUUUAUGGGUCACACCAACAGUGUGAAAUCUAUACAUGUGCUCAAUAAUGAGAACUCUUUUAUCUCGUGCAGUAAAGAUAAGACUGUUAAACUCUGGUCCCUCCGUAGCCAGGGUGAUGGCAAUACGCAUGUGAGUUCACAGUGGACAUACGCCGGUCACAAGAAAUCUGUUUUUGGAGUCACUUUCUCUGAUUCAAUGCGGUAUGCAGCAUCGUGUGACUCAACUGUUCACGUAUGGGACCCCUUCAUUUGUGCUGGGGUGAAGCAGCUCGAUUCUCUUCGCCAUAGCCCUGUCACAGUACUAACAGCCAUGGCUGCACCUUCCACACAAUUAGUAGCAGCGACGACAGAUGCGACGCUGAAGUUUAUUGACCUUCGUAUAUGUAACUACACCCAUGAGUUUAAGGUGUCUAUGGGAGGUGCCGGUUUAGUUCGGUGCAUUGACACAAGCGGUGAUGGAAGGCUCGUCACAGUAGCACAUUCAUCUGGGGUUAUCUCAGUGCUUGACACACGAACAGGACAUCUUCUUUCAACGUGGAAACCUCAUGAAGGAGAGGUGCUUUGUAUGAAGUGGUACAAAGAUGGUACAUUCAUCAGCUCAGCCCUGGACCAAACCGUGUCAGUGUGGAGUGUGGAUGACAGUAAACUCAAAUUCACCCUCAGGGGUCCAACAGAACCAGUCCAUCUCAUCUGUCUUUAUGGAGAAGAAGUGAUCACAGGCACUACUGCUAACCGCAUUGGAGUUCACACUUCUGUUUCCCCUACUGCAUCUUUCUCCUCUACAAGAUUACGCUCGGACACAUUCCGAGGUGUUUUAACUACAAUGGCUGUUUUACCACUCAAUCGAUUACUACUUCUUGGAGCUGAUAAUGGGACUAUAAGACUACUGUGUUAAAAUACCUUGCUUAAAUUAAACUCAUACCAUUACUAUACUUAGUGACCCUAAUCUCUGUAAAUCCAUUCCCCUCACAAUAAAUUAAUUAUUUUUAUAAUACAAUUAGUCUUGCAAUGUAAAUAUUUAACUACAUGCUUAAAAAGAAACACAGUGUAAAUUGUGCUUUAAAUUUAGAUUUUCAGUGCAUGUGUCUUUCAAAAUUUAAAUUAUAAUUCUGUUAUAUGAUUUACAUUCAGGAUUUUAUAAUGGUAUCCUACUGAUAUUAACCCUUUGACUGUCGAAGGGCCCAAUCCUGAAGUGUCUCCUGGUGUCGCAAAAUAUUCGAAAAAAAAAAAUUAUUUUUUCUUAUGAAAAUGUUAAGAUUAUUUUUCUGAUUGUUUUAGUCCCCCCAAAAAAUUUUCCCAUCAGUACUUACCGAGAUAUAGAGGCAUGAAGUUUGCAGAAAAUGAGCCGCGUAUGGCAACAGCGGCGACUGCUGCUCACCCGGUAAACUUUAGUUUACUUGUAUUUGAAGGUUUGUUGUUUUUUUCACUAUUUUAUUUUUUCACAUAACUUAUGUGGCCUGUGAGACCAAAGUAAGGUGCAGUGUACAUAUAUACACUCGUUGUAUACAACACAAUAAGCACACAAACAUAAUUAUCAAUAUAUUGUUUACAAAACUUGUUUACAAAAACAAACAAUACAAAAAAUUGUUUAUUACUAUUGUUCUAUAAUAUAUAUACCAAUAUACAGUCACUGAACAUACUCCUAGAAGUUCUGCAGCUUGUAGAACUCUGUGAAACAUGGUGUCAUACACAGUGGUGUUUUACACUCUCACACAUAAAACGGUGUCAUACACAGUGGUGUUUUACACUCCUCACACAUAAAACAUGGUGUCAUACACAGUGGUGUUUUACACUCUCACACAUAAAA